AUGCCCGUCCCACCCCCUCCAGCGCCCCCGCCUCCGCCCACAUUUGCUCUGGCCAAUACAGAAAAGCCUUCCUUGAGUAAGUCAGAGCAGGCUGGAAGAAAUGCUCUGCUCUCUGACAUCAGCAAAGGGAAGAAACUAAAGAAGACAGUCACCAAUGACAGAAGUGCACCAAUAUUGGACAAACCUAAAGGAGCUGCUGCUGCUGCUGGUGGUGGUGGUGGUGGCAGCUAUGGCGGAGGUGGUGGAGGAGGUGGUGGAAGUUUUGGAGGAGGUGGACCACCCGGUUUGGGAGGACUGUUCCAGGCUGGAAUGCCGAAGCUGAGAUCCACAGCCAACAGGGAGAAUGAGUCUGGAGGAAGCCGACCCCCAAUCUUGCCACCAGGAGGAAGAGCCACAUCCGCCAAACCUUUCACACCCCCAAGCGGCGCAGGGAGGUUCCCCGUGCCUCCUGCAGGCCACAGAAGCGGACCCCCAGAGCUUCAGAGGAACCGAAUGCCUCCGCCGAGGCCCGAAGUGGGCGCAAAGCCUGAUAACCUACCCCCUCCAGUGCCUAAUACGCCAAGACCCAGUCAGUCAAGUCUGCACAACCGGGGGCCCCCCCUAGUGCCGGGGGGGCCCCGGCAGCCCAGUCCUGGGCUGACCCCUCCCCCUUUCCCCGGAAACCGAGGUGCUGCUUUCGGAGGAGGCUCCAUCCGUCAGACCCCCUCAGGCUCUUCCACGCCUUUCUCCAAUAGGCCUCCCCUGCCUCCUACUCCGAGCAGGGCCUUGGAUGACAAGCCCCCUCCUCCGCCUCCCCCGGUGGGCAACAGGCCGGCCAUCCACAGGGAGCCUGUGCCGCCGCCUCCCCCUCAGAACAGCAAGCCCCCGGUGCCGUCCGCCCCGCGGCCUUCCUCCUCCUCGCAGGCCCCGCCGCCUCCGCCCCCCAGCCGUCCUGGCCCUCCUCCGCUGCCCCCCGUGUCCACUGGCAGUGGCGACGAAAUCCCGAGGCUCCCGCAGAGGAACGUGUCCCUGUCGUCGUCGUCGGCGCCUCCCUUACCUUCACCAGGACGGUCGGGCCCUCUUCCGCCCCCGCCCAAUGAGAGACCUCCUCCUCCGGUGAGGGACCCACCGGGCAGAUCAGGCCCUCUCCCACCACCUCCUCCAAUGAACAGAAAUGGCAGCACAUCUCGGGCCCUGCCCGCCACCCCUCAGUUGCCGUCCAGGAGUGGAAUAGAUUCUAGUCCCAGAAGUGGGCCCCGGCCUCCUCUUCCUCCUGAAAGGCCUGGCACUGGGGCGCCUCCCCCACCUCCACCAUCAACAUCAAUUAGAAAUGGCUUCCAAGAUUCUUCAUGUGAAGAUGAGUGGGAAAGCAGAUUCUACUUCCAUCCGAUUUCUGAUUUGCCACCUCCAGAGCCAUAUGUACCAACAACCAAAAGUUAUCCCAGUAAACUGGCGAGAAAUGAAAGCCGGAGUGGAUCUAACCGAAGAGAGAGGGGUGCCCCACCCCUUCCUCCCAUCCCGAGGUGA